CCCCUCCGCGCCCCGCGCCCGCCCUUGCUAGCAGGCACCUCCCGCCCCCUGCAUUGCUGAUGCUGCUGCUGGCAGACAUGGACGUGGUGAAUCAGCUGGUCGCUGGGGGUCAGUUCCGGGUGGUCAAGGAGCCCCUUGGCUUCGUGAAGGUGCUGCAAUGGGUCUUUGCCAUCUUCGCCUUUGCCACAUGCGGCAGCUACAACGGGGAGCUCCGGCUGAGCGUGGAGUGUGCCAACAAGACGGAGAGUGACCUCAGCAUCGAGGUUGAAUUUGAGUACCCCUUCAGGCUGCACCAAGUGUACUUUGAUGCACCCACCUGCCGAGGGGGCACCACCAAGGUCUUCCUAGUGGGGGACUACUCCUCUUCCGCUGAAUUCUUUGUCACCGUGGCUGUAUUUGCCUUCCUCUACUCCAUGGGGGCUCUGGCCACCUACAUCUUCCUGCAGAACAAAUACCGAGAGAACAACAAAGGACCCAUGAUGGACUUUCUAGCCACAGCAGUGUUUGCCUUCAUGUGGCUAGUAAGCUCAUCUGCCUGGGCCAAGGGGCUCUCAGAUGUGAAGAUGGCCACAGACCCAGAGAACAUUAUCAAGGAGAUGGGUGUCUGCCGCCAAACAGGCAACACAUGCAAGGAGUUGAGGGACCCUGUGACCUCAGGACUCAACACCUCAGUGGUUUUCGGCUUCCUCAACCUGGUGCUCUGGGUCGGCAACCUGUGGUUCGUGUUUAAGGAGACAGGCUGGGCCGCCCCGUUCCUGCGGGCACCUCCUGGCGCCCCCGAGAAGCAACCAGCACCUGGGGACGCCUACGGAGAUGCAGGAUACGGGCAGGGCCCCGGCGGGUAUGGGCCCCAGGACUCCUACGGGCCCCAGGGUGGUUACCAGCCCGACUAUGGGCAGCCCGCCGGCGGCAGUGGCGGUGGCUACGGGCCUCAGGGCGACUAUGGGCAGCAAGGCUACGGCCCGCAGGGUGCGCCCACCUCCUUCUCCAAUCAGAUGUAAUCUGGUCAGUGCAGCCCGGGAGGACCCCAUGGGUGGGCAAGAGCUCAGGAGAAGGCCUGCCCCCCUUCCUGCCCCUACAUCCUAGGUCUCCACCCCUCAAGCCAGGAGACCCUAACUGUCUUUGCUGUUUAUAUAUAUAUAUAUUAUAUAUAAAUAUCUAUUUAUCUGUCUGAGCCCUGCCCUCACCCUACUACUCCCUUAUUGCACUAGGGGCCCAUUCUUGAGUGGGCUCCUGUCCUACUCCUGCCCCUUCCCCUGCAUUCCUCAGCCCCUCUCUGAUCCCUGUCCCUGUCCCCUGAAUUUUGGGGACUCUGGAAGGGGGACAGGGAGGGGACAGACCUUAGCUGUGUGGGGAGGGUGGGUGUGAAUUCAGACUCUCUCACCUCUCUCCCCCCUCUCCCAACUCUGGCCUUGGUUCCUUCAGCCAUGCCUGAACAAAGCUGUGAAGGAAAAUUCAACCCUGAGGGCAGGAAAAAGGCAGAGACCUGGGAUCUUGGGGUAGAGAGGACAGCUUGGAUCUUAGGUGGUCUUGUAAGGGAGCUCUGGAGUGGAGGGGACUAGUCAGCAGGGGGUAACUAAAGUAAAGGGGUGCCUAAAGCAUUCUGGGGUGGGGCUCGGAGGGCAUAUCUCUAGAAGGUGUGGGGCUUUAUGUGAGCCAGCAAGUGGUCUCCAGAGUGGUUGGGUCUUGGGCUGGAACCAGUCUACAGAAGGUGCGUGUGUGACUUGGCACAUUCAGGAAUCUGAACUUGAUAUAAUGGGAACCCAUCUCAAGUAGAGCAAGAAGUGAGGUUCAGGAAUGGGCUAAGCUUGGGGUGAAUGAUCCUAGUCAGGGUUCCAGAAGGAGUGGGGUUAAAAUGGGGUGAGCCUGGUGGUUUCAGAAAGGGCAGCCCCUCCCCCAAUAGGACAGUAAAGAAAAGGUGUUUUAUAUUGAACAGGUUUGGAUAGUAGGUGGGGGGUGCAUAGGAGCUGCAGGGUGAGUUUUGUAAAGGGUUGGGGAAAUGGCCCUAGCUAAGGCUGGGAACCAAGGAAGGUGACCUGGGAAAAAAUUGAGUGAUUUGGCUUGUAGAGUGAGGGGUGGGAUCCAGAGAGGAACAGCCCCACACCCUUGUCCAUCCCCUUGACCAGAUAGCUAGGUAAUCCGAGGACAGAGCCAGGCAGGUCUGUGGGACUGGUCCACCCCUCUUCCCCCUUCCCCUGCCCCCUCCCUCCCUCCACACUUCCACCCAACCUGAGGUGGUUGGAGGCCUGGUCUGGAGCCCCUGUCCUGCACCCUCUGCUGUGUCCGUGAUGUCGGUAGUGCCUGUGAUCGUGUGUUGCCAUUUCGUCUGGCUGUGGCCCUUCCCUUUCCCCUCCAGACCCCCCAUUUCCCAUGCCCUGCCCUUUGGUAUUGUUUGAAGACCCCCUCCCAGAGGAAGAACAAAUAUGAAUAAUUCUCCUCCCCCAAAUAAACUCCUCAACCACCUAGUC